AUGCUGAACCACAAAGUCGCCGCAUUGUUCCGUGGUUACGCCAGUUUUAGCAGGAUACGUUUCCUUGGUAACACUUGUACAAGAACAUACAGCAAGGCGCAGAUAAUUGAUGGUGAAGAGUUAAUUCCUAAUGGUUCGGCAGCUCUCUUGAGGAGCGACUUGAGCAAGGUGAAGAGAAUUGUGAUCAAGCUAGGCAGUGCUGUCAUUACCAGGGAAGACGAGUGUGGGCUGGCAUUGGGUAGACUGGGUUCCAUUGUUGAACAGGUUGCUGAGCUUCAGAAUCAGGGCAGACAGAUGAUUAUUGUGACCAGUGGGGCGGUGGCAUUUGGAAAGCAGAAACUUCGACAAGAGGCGAUCUUGUCAAUGAGCAUGAGACAGAACCUCUAUAACAUUGAAAAUGGGAGUCGCCCACCAACAUUAGAGCCAAGGGCUUGUGCUGCUGCUGGCCAGAGUGGACUUAUGAGCUUGUAUGACGCCAUGUUUCUUCAGUACGGUGUCAAAACAGCACAGAUUUUGCUGACGAAGCCUGACUUUCAGAAUGAUCACAGUCGUGAAAAUCUGAGAGAGACGCUGAAUGAACUGCUCAAGUUGAACAUCAUUCCCAUUGUCAAUGCAAAUGAUGCUGUAGCAGGCCCACCAGAACAAGACAUAGAUUUAGCAGGGGUGAUCAGCGUGAAAGAUAAUGACAGUCUUGCAGCUCGGUUAGCAUCGGAACUUCACAGUGAAUUGCUCAUCCUAAUGAGUGAUGUCAAUGGCUUGUACACAUCACCUCCUGGUAUGCCUGACUCCAGACUUCUUCACACGUAUUGUCCAGAUACAGACCAGGUCAUCAUUGCAGGGAAAUCCAGAGUUGGUACUGGUGGUAUGGACUCAAAGGUGAGAGCUGCAACCUAUGCUUUGGACAGAAAUUGCUCUGUGGUCAUCUGCAAUGGUUGUGAAGAGAAUGCAAUUGUUAACAUUGUGAAAGGCAAAAAAGUUGGAACAUUUUUCACAAAGGCACAAACAAGAGGAAUCCCUGUUGAGGUUCAAGCUAAACAAGCUCGUGAUGGAAGUAAAAUCCUACAGUCACUGUCUGGUUCACAACGAGCUGCAAUCAUCAACAAACUGGCAGAUCUCCUGCUGGAGCGAAAGUCAGAAAUUCUGGCUGCAAAUCAACAUGAUGUACAAGCAGCUUUUGCAUCAGGAAUGUCACAGACAGACAUUGCUCGUCUAUAUCUAAGUGAGCAAAAGUUAGAAACACUGGCCAGAGGACUUCGCAAGAUUGGUGUUGACUCAGUAAAUGCUGUCGGUAAGGUGAUUCAGAGAACCAGACUAGCAGAUGGAAUGAUUCUGGAAAAGCAGACAGUGCCUAUUGGAGUUCUGAUGGUGAUCUUUGAGUCUCGCCCUGAUGCUCUACCACAGGUGGCAGCACUCUCCAUAUGUAGUGGAAAUGGUCUUCUGCUAAAGGGAGGCAAAGAGGCAAUGCACAGCAACAAGCUGCUCUACUCCCUGGUGCAGGAAGCCCUGGAGCCCUAUGUCCCUGUUGAUACAGUGGGUUUGAUCAGUCGACGGGAAGACAUUGCAGAUCUUCUACAGCUGGACCAGUUCAUUGACCUGGUGAUUCCUCGUGGCUCUAAAGACCUGGUCACACGAAUCCAACAGCUGAGCCAGGGAAUCCCCGUGCUUGGACACAGUGAGGGCGUCUGCCAUGUUUAUGUGGACAAGGAUGUAGAUCCUGAAAUGGCACUUCACAUUGUCAGAGAUGCCAAGUGUGAUUACCCCGCUGCAUGUAACAGCAUGGAGACAUUGCUCAUCCACAAAUCUCACAGAUCAGGUGUACUGUUUGAUAAACUGUGUGAGAUGCUCCGACUUCAAGGGGUCAAAAUCAAUGCUGGACCUAACCUGGGCCAGGCUCUGAGAUUCGGUCCUACUGUGGCUCCGUCCAUGCAUACAGAAUACGGGUCACUGGAGUGUGCCGUGGAAAUUGUUGAUGAUUUGGAUGGUGCAAUACAACAUAUCAACACCUACGGCAGCUCACACACGGAUGCUAUUGUCACUAGCAAUGAAGAGAAUGCAGAGAAGUUUUUAAAAAUGGUCGACAGUGCAAGUGUGUUUUGGAAUGCAAGCACAAGAUUUGCAGAUGGCUACAGAUAUGGACUUGGAGCUGAAGUUGGAGUGAGCACAACACGUAUCCAUGCACGGGGCCCCGUAGGUCUGGAAGGUUUGCUCACAUAUAAGUGGGUGUUGUCCGGGUCAGGACAGGCAGUUUCAGAUUUCACAAGUGGGAAAUUAAAGUUUGUCCAUGAACAUCUUGAGCCGAAUGCUGAGGCAUCAGAUGACAGCUCUUCCAGAUAA